AUGGAGGAUAAGCAGAAGGGAAAGUCUUCCACUACACCAGGGCUUUCGAAGAGGUCUAACCCUUAUACGGAUUCAGGCAACCCGAGUAAGAGUUUCCGUGGGUCAUACAAUUUUGGUUCCACCGCAUCAGCAGCCGUACAGAUCAUCAGGCCUGAUAAAACUCUGUGUACACUUGAAUUUGAGACACGCCGUGCUUCAUAUUACUGGCUGUUAGACGCACUGGGCCUUUAUCAACCAUACGUCUGGGAGUAUUCUAGGUUGAAUGUAACUAACACUGUGAUGUCAAAGCGUAAGUUGAAUCGUCUUGUGACUGAGAAGUGGGUUGAUGGUUGGGAUGAUCCCCGUUUAAUGACACUGGCUGGUUUACGACGUCGAGGAGUCUCUGCAGAUGCCAUCAAUGCUUUUAUUCGAGGAAUUGGAAUUACCAGAAGUGAUAAUAGUUUGAUAAGUUUGGCCCGUCUUGAAUACCACAUAAGAGAAGAGCUAAACAAAACAGCUCCUCGUACAAUGGUUGUCCUGCAUCCUCUCAAGGUUGUUAUUACAAACCUUGAUUCAGUUAUGGAUCUCGACGCAAAGAGAUGGCCUGAUGCCCAGACAGAUGAUGCAUCUGCUUUCUACAAGGUUCCUUUCACAAAUGUUGUUUAUAUUGAACGUUCUGAUUUUCGGGUUAAGGAUUCAAAAGACUACUAUGGCCUUGCUCCUGGUAAAUCUGUCCUACUCAGAUAUGCUUUCCCCAUAAAAUGUACAGAGGUGAUCUAUGGUGAUGAUAAGGAGACUGUUCUUGAGGUUCGGGCCGAGUAUGAUCCUUCCAAAACAACAAAGCCCAAGGGUGUUCUUCAUUGGGUUGCACAACCUUUGCCUGGGGUUGAUCCUCUUAAGGUGGAAGUCAGGUUGUUUGACAGGCUUUUUCUUUCUGAGAAUCCUGCUGAACUGGAUGAUUGGCUUGCCAAUCUAAAUCCGAAAUCCAAAGAGGUAACAUCAGAAGCUUUUGGUGUAGGCUCUCUUAGCAGUGCUGCUGUGGGAGACAAGUUUCAGUUUGAAAGGCUUGGUUAUUUUGUGGUAGACCCAGAUUCUACACCAGAAAAACUUGUGUUCAACCGAACAGUCACUUUACGCGAUUCAUAUGCUAAGGCUGGGAACAAGUAAAUCCAGAGAUAGGAACUGGGAAACUGAUGACUGAGAUGUAAUGUGCAUAGUAGGAGGCUGAAGGUUUUGGAAGGGGUGUUAUGCAAUGAGAUGAUGUAUUUUGAAUAUAUCAUUCCACUUUAUCUUUAGGUUUUAUACUGGCAAUCCUCAUAUUCAAUUAAAUUUAUACAUACUUCCUUGUGCUUGGUGGUUCUAUGGUGAAAUCCUUUGAUUUAAAGUCUCAAUGGUAGCAUCAAUAGUCCCUUGGUUCUGUGGCUAAGGACAUCACGGUGUAACACAAGGUUCUCAGGCUUGAGAGACUGCUGCGGCAAAAAUUUUGCAUGGUUAUUACAUAGUAGCCAGCUAGCGAGCGGUUGAAUGCCAAGGAGUCUUUAGUAAUUACCAUCUCUAGGUUGUUCUGUAGCUGUCUCAAACUAUGUAAUUUGUAUUGACCAAAGAUCUGUAUUCCUCAGUAUAGUUUCCUUAGUUUAA